AUGCUUGUCAUCGGUCUCACAGGCUCGAUCGCAACGGGCAAAUCCACCUGCUCCCAGAUACUGUCCUCCCCGCCAUACUCGCUGCCCCUGGUGGACGCCGACCUGCUUGCACGAAAAGCCGUGGAACCGGGCACAUGGGGGUACCGGCGCAUUGUGGCCACGUUUGGUCCCACCACACCCGAUCUCCUCCUGACGGCUUCGGACCCCCAGUGUGGUGGAAGGGAAGACGGGCCGAACGGGAAAGGGAGACCGCUGAACAGACCCGCGCUGGGGAGAAGAGUAUUUGGAAACACGGAAGAGAGGGUCCGCGAUCGGAAGAAGCUGAAUGCCAUCGUACACCCCGCGGUACGCUUUCUCAUGGUGCGCGCGAUGCUGUAUUACUAUCUCCGAGGCCACUGGGCGGUCCUGGUCGACGUGCCCUUGUUGUUUGAGUCCGGCCUCGACAUCUUCUGCAGCACGGUCAUCGUCGUGGCCGUCUCUGAUCCGGCGAUCCAGAUGCAACGGCUCCGCGAGCGAGAUCCGCAUCUGUCGCCUGAGGACGCCGAGAACAGGGUCAAGAGCCAGGUCGAUGUCCGAGAGAAGGCCGCACGGUGUGAGCGUCGAAACAACGGCAAGCCCGAUGCUGGGAAAGGUUAUGUUCUCUACAAUGACGGCAACAAAGACGAGCUCAAGCUUCAGAUUGCAGACGUCAUGGGCAAGAUCAAGUCCACGAGCCCGCGGUGGUGGAGUCUCCUGCUUCUGGUGUGUCCACCUCUCAUGGCGACAGUCGCAUCCUGGGAAGUCCUCUGGAACUGGUAUGCCCGACGAAAGACUAUUCAGGAGAGAGGCGAAGAGAUGGCCAAACCAAAAUAA